AAGUACCGCUACUUCGCUGUCCUCCUGAGGGACCGGUUUGAUAAGAACAAGGAUGUGAAGGAUAUGGCGAGAGCCACGGAGCUGCUGAGGGCAGGCGAGGAGGAGUUCUGGGCAUAUCAGCACCCUCAGCCCUACUUCUUCCCUGACUCCCCUGGGGGCACUGCCUACGAGAGAUACGAGUGCUACAAGAUUCCUGAGUGGUGCUUGGAUUUCUGGCAUCCCUCUGAGAAGGCCAUGUACCCUGAUUACUUUGCCAAGCGGGAGCAAUGGAAGAAAAUGCAGCGGGAAAGCUGGGCUCAAGAGCUGAAGCAGUUAGAAGAAGAAACUCCAGUUGAUGGCCCAAAAACUGAAGCUUUGCCCCCAGCUCGGAAGCAAGGGCAGCUGCCUCCUCUCUGGUGGCAGUAUGUCACCAGGCCUAGGGAGAUCCCCAUGUAA